AUGGAGACACCGGACUCUAAAAGCGGCGCUGCAAACCAACGGCCUCAAUACCACUACUUCUACGGCAGCAUUGACGACCAAUCGCAAGUCAACCGCCGGGAAAACGCCGUGUCCGUCCCAACUGAUCAAGACUCGUUGGUAGGCGAAUCUUUGCUUCCAACCGACAAUGAGCAAGACGAUGAUCGAUCAAAAAUUGCAAAGCAGGACUUUCAGCAAAUUGUCAUGUCCAAUGUCAAUGGCGUACGGCCCAUCGACUCGAGUCGAAGCGGGCAGAGUGAUAAGAACACCCAAGGAAGAGUUGAGCUUUCGCAUGCCGUUUCCUCGGGUGGAUCGGGCACAGUACGGCGACCCAGUCUCUAA